GAUAUCGAGAGAAAUCAUAUUGUAACACUACCGAGAUCUUUAAAAAGGGGCUUUAAGAAUGAUUAAAAGCUACCGGUACAGUACAGUAUUCACUUAUUUCACGCUUCUCAUUAAAUAUCGGGAGUCGAAAAUAUUAACCGGUAGGUUCGUGCUACGGUGACCGAGAAUGUAUUAUCUGCAUCACAAUAUCAAAAGUAUCUUUUCCCACCACUGCAAAUAAAUCUGCAAGCUAGGAAUUGAUAUAUCGCUCAUGAUGCCUCCACGCUGCUCGACUGUGCAAGGCACGUUGACGCCAUUUCUGUACCCAUUUCUAUGUUCGACCACAUAUAGGUUGGUCCAACGAAACCCCAGAAUUCACAUCAAUGCACUCCGAAGACAAAGUACCCUACACGAAGAACUUGCCUCCGAGUCAACAUCCGAAGAAUUCGAUCGCCUCAAUCCUCCCCCUUCCGAUUAUUCUCGAACAAUAUUCGCAGAUAAAGCAAAAAUAGAUGUCUAUGCAGGUGCUGGUGGCCAUGGUUGUAUCUCUUUUCUGCGGGAAAAGUACAUCGCUGCGGGUCCUGCAAAUGGAGGUGAUGGAGGUACCGGUGGAAAUAUAUACAUACAAGCUGUGCGAGGCGAAACAAGUUUACAUAAGCUUGCAAGACGUCGGAAUUUGAAGGCAGGCAGGGGAAAAAAUGGUCAAGGUAAAACGAAAGGUGGAGAGAGAGGGACUGAUAUCAUUAUUGAAGUUCCUGUAGGUACUAUUGUACGAGAGCUUGAUCGACAUGAUCCGGCCGCCAUUGAAGAGGCCAGGAUAAAAACGGAGGCUGGAAAACUGGACGGUCACGAUUUAGAUGGUCCUUAUAAAUGGGAUCGAGAGAGAUGGUUACUAUACCCGGCUAUUACAGCUGAAGAGAUCGCUACUGCCGAAUUUCCUUCAUUGCCAAAAGCAAGGAAGUCAAAUUUAGCUGCUGCCCAAGUGAAGGGUCCUAUUUCGUUAGAUCUUUCCAUGCCUAUGGAACGACCAUUGCUCUUGGCCGCAGGUGCUGUGGGAGGUUUGGGGAAUCCACAUUUCGUCACCAAACAAGUCCCAAGACCAAAAUUUGCGACCAAAGGUGAAGCGGGACUACGAAUAACCUUGGAGCUCGAACUCAAACUUCUUGCCGACGUGGGACUCGUUGGACUUCCUAAUGCUGGAAAGAGUACUUUGCUACGAGCUAUGAGCAACAGUCGAACGAGAGUUGGAGAUUGGGAGUUCACUACUUUGGAGCCGAAUAUUGGAACUGUGGUUAUUGACGACAACAAGGGAAGACCUCUAGCUCAAGCGAAUUAUGAAAACGGCGAACCGAGAACAAAUUUUACAAUUGCGGAUAUUCCUGGACUGGUGGAGGAUGCUCAUUUGGAUCGAGGCCUUGGUAUAAGUUUCCUACGUCAUGUUGAGCGAGCCCGAGUACUUGCCUUUGUCGUGGAUCUUGGGAGGGGCAAUGCCGUUGAAGCUUUGAAAGGCUUAUGGCGAGAACUCGCUGAGUAUGAGCGAAUGAAGAUUGAAGAGGAAAAAGAGAAGGCCAAUCCAAUUGUGGAGUGGACUCCCUUCACAUCUGUCGAGGAUGCUGUGGCAAAUCGAUCUGAAACAAUUGUCAUUAACACUGGACCUACUUUUGAGAAUCCCCUCGCACCUAAUCUCCCUUCAAUUUCUAACAAACCUUGGUUUGUUGUAGCUAGCAAAGCAGAUUUGCCUGGUACUCAGGAUAAUUUCCAGGAACUGAAGUCGUACCUUGAGAAAGUCGCAGCCGGAAAGGAAGAGCAUCCUUCCAGACAUAAGAACCCUUGGACGGGGAGAGUAGAGGCAAUCCCCAUCAGUGCAAUUCACGGACAUGGCGUUGAAAAGAUUACCGAAUGGACCACUGGCCUUCUUGAUGGCUGAAAUUUCUACGGAUACAGGCAUAUAUAACAUUAUGAUGCAUAUUAAUGAUCAACUCAUGUACAAAUUCUAUUGAUUUCUACCACCUCUUCUCAUAAUAUCGAGAUCAUCAUAUAUUUCUGCUUUUGUCUUCAUGCAUCUUUGACGUUUGACAUAGUGGGCUGUAUCUAACGGCUCGAUUUACUUGAUGUCUGUCACAGUGGCGUAUGGCCUGAUCCCAAGCGGGGUUUAACUUCCCGUUAGGUUUCCAUUUGUGCUUUGUUCGCUCUCAU